GUCAUGUUUUCCAGUAGACCCUCUUCAGCUGGAUCCUUGUGCCAAGAGGCGCACGGGAGCUAUGAAUCACGAGAGUUCCCAUACAUGGACCGGAGCUUUAAAAACUGACGGAUAUUUUGAGGCGGCUAUGAGAAGAUGAAGAGGCAAAACGUGCGGACACUCGCCUUAAUUAUCUGCACUUUGUCCUAUUUACUCAUUGGAGCGGGAGUCUUCGACGCUCUGGAGUCAAAGCAGGAGAAAAGCCAGAAGGGAAAACUCGAUUAUCGAAAAUUUCAACUCAUGCAAAAAUAUAAUCUAACGAGAUCUGACUUUGAUCAAAUUGAAAAGGUCGUGUUGCUUCUGAAACCUCACAAAGCCGGAGUCCAGUGGAAGUUCUCCGGAUCUUUUUACUUCGCCAUCACUGUGAUAACGACCAUAGGUUAUGGCCAUGCCGCUCCCAGUACGGAUGCUGGGAAAGCAUUCUGCAUGGGUUAUGCACUUCUGGGCAUCCCCCUCACCCUGGUGAUGUUCCAAAGCCUGGGCGAACGUAUCAACACCUUCGUCCGCUUCCUGUUGCACAAAGCCAAGAAAUGCAUUGGCCUGCGGCGUCCGGAAGUCUCCAUGGCCAACAUGGUGAUCAUCGGCUUCUUCUCCUGCAUCAGCACCUUGUGUGUGGGAGCAGCUGCCUUCUCCCACUACGAGGGAUGGAGCUUUUUCCAUGCUUUCUACUACUGCUUCAUCACCCUCACCACCAUUGGUUUUGGGGACUACGUGGCCCUGCAGAAGGACAAUGCUCUCCAGAAUGACCCUCAUUACGUGGCCUUUAGUUUUGUCUAUAUUCUGAUGGGCCUCACGGUAAUUGGUGCUUUUCUCAACCUAGUGGUGCUACGGUUCAUGACCAUGAACAUGGAAGAUGAGAGAAGGGAUGCAGAGCAGAGGGCUCUCCUCUCCAAAGAUAAGCAAAAAGCUCCUCCUCCACGGCGCACAGACCCUCCAACCCCUGUUGCCAUGGGUCGAGACAAAAGGCGAGGACUGAAGAGCGUCUAUGCUGAGGUGCUUCACUUCCAAACAGUGUGUUCCUGCCUGUGGUACCGAAGCCGGGAGAAAAUGGUGAUCCUUCCGCAGGAUCUGUCCUUCACUGAUGCGCUAAUGGAGCAAGGGGAUAUAUCGUCCCACCACUUCUUUGAACCUGGCCGCACAGGCUGUGUGUGCAAUCCUCAACGCUGCUCAGCCAUCAGCACUGUGUCUGCUGACCUGAGAAACAUCUCGCCAUUCAAGCUGUUCUCCAAGAGACGCAGUUCUGUCUGAAUAACCUCAGGUUCUUGUUAGGAGCCACUCAUACAGCCACUGUAAAUGUAUAUUGUUUUACAGAACUUAUGCUUGUAAAUACAUAAAGAUGCUUGGAUGGAUCACCGGAGAUUUAGGUGGAAUGCUGGAAGAAUGCUAAAAGUUUUACCUACAUCUAUACUCUAUCAUUCAACUUGUUGUUUGAUAACUCCUAAUGAGAAUUUGAAUGGACUUCUACUGCUAAUAACUCGGGAACACCUUGAUGAGGUGCAAUGCACAGUAUUUAAGCAAUUCUUUACUAAAAAGGAAUGUCUGAAAAAAAAAAAAUCAAAUCUAAAUUAUUAUUUUUCUUUGUUUAGAUGACAUCCUCAAGGUAUUAUAGCUGUAAAUGUGUUGUCAUUAAUUUCUGUCAUUUUUGUUUUUGUAUUGAUUGCUUUCAAAUGACUUAUUUGACAACGGCAUGUUGACCAAACUACAUCUGACUCUUUUUAUUAAAUACACUAAGAUUAAAGACCACAUGAAAUCG